CGGUUCAGUCGCUCGUAAGAUGUGUCUCCUAGCGGUUGCGGGAGUGCUGGCCGUGGCAAGCGAGCGCGAGGCUGGGCAGCGCUUCCCUGCAGGGUUCCGGUUCGGGGCCGCCACCUCCGCCUACCAGAUCGAAGGUGGCUGGAACGUAAGUGACAAAGGCGAGAGCAUCUGGGACCGCAUGGUUCACUCUCGCCCGGACUACAUAUACGACCGCAGCAACGGCGACGUGGCUUGCGACUCCUACCACUUGUGGGAGGAAGACCUAAGAAUGGUGCAGGAGAUGGGAUUGGACUUCUACAGGUUCUCUAUAUCCUGGCCCCGCUUGCUGCCAUACGGCUUCAGCAACCAGAUCAGCCAAGAUGGCCGCCGGUACUAUAGCGCUGUCAUCGACGGGCUGCGGGCGCGCGGCGUCGCGCCUGUCGUCACGCUCUACCACUGGGACUUGCCGCAGAGGCUGCAGGACCUCGGCGGCUGGACGAACCCGCUCAUAGUGGAGUGGUUCGCGGAGUACGCUCGCACGGCGUUCGCCCUCUUCGCCGACCGCGUGGGCACCUGGAUCACCAUCAACGAGCCGGGCUCCGUCUGCGACGGCGGCUACAGGGGGCUCCUGGCGCCAGGGCUCGUGGACCACGAGGUCGGGGCGCUGCUGUGCACCAAGCACGUGCUGCUGGCACAUGCCAGGGCUUACAGGGUGUACCAGGAGGAGUUUAAGCCGAAAUAUGGCGGUGAAUUGUCGAUCGCGCACCAGGAGAGUUGGUUCGAGCCGAAAACUGAUCAAGACUUGGAAAUUACUUUGCUGACGAGAGAAUAUUUAUUCGGACGUUACACGCACCCCAUAUUCUCCGCGGGCGGGGGCUGGCCGCCCGCUCUGGAGCGGUACAUGGCGGACAAGAGCAAGAGGGAGGGGUACCCUCGCUCCAGGCUACCGGCGUUCACCCCAGAUGAGAUACAACUCUUGAAAGGCUCGUUUGACUUCUACGGGCUGAACCACUACACGUCGCGCGUGGUGCGCGCCGCGGCGGCCGGCGAGCGCCCGGCCUACAUGUCGAGGGGCGCCGAGGUGGGCGCGGUGCUGGAGGCCCGCCCCCACUGGGAAACUGCCGCGUCUUCCUGGUUGAAGGUGAACCCGGAAGGCGUCCGUAACCUUCUGAAGCUGAUUAAACAGCAGUACGGAGACGUGAAGAUCCUGAUCACAGAGAACGGGUACUCCGACACCGGUCACCAGCUCGAUGACAGCGACAGGCUCAACUACUACAAGGACUAUUUGGAACAGGUUCUUUUGGCCAUCACUGAGGACGCGGUGCGGGUGGUCGGUUACACGGCCUGGUCGCUGCUCGACAACUUCGAGUGGGCCGCUGGGUACACGUCGCGCUUCGGUCUUUACUCCGUGGACUUCAGUUCGCCGCGCCGGCCCCGCGCCGCGCGCGCCUCCGCGCGGUACUACGCGAGCGUGGCCCGCGCGCGCGUGCUGCACGCCGCACACACACACAACACCACGGCGUAGAUACGUGUAAAG